AUGGAGUUCUUCAGUAGCGUCGGCGGCGCAGACCCCCUCCGACCUUCCCUCUUUGAGCUCGUUGCACAGGAGCAGCUCCGGGACCUCCUUCAACCCGCGCUCAAGUACGUUCUUUCCGUCUUUGCGCAGCGGCAUCCACGAUACUUGAUACGGCUUGUGAACCGGCAUGAAGAGUUCUAUGCUCUGCUUAUGCUGCUCGUUGAGCGGUACUAUCUUGUAAAGCACAACGCGUCAUUCGCGGAGAACUUCUAUGGGUUGAAAAGAAGAAGGAAACCGGUUUAUGAGACGGAGCGUGCACGUGCGGCGACUGGGGAUAUGCCCUUGCCUGAAGAGAAGCUACGGCAACGGGAAGUCUCGAGAUCCCUCCUGCUCUUGAUAGGUGUACCAUAUCUAAGAGCGAAGGCGCAGGACUAUUACGAAUCGCUCGGUGGCGGCAUUGACUCGGAUCUCCUGGACGAGGGUGGCAGUUACCAAGCCGUUCGCGCGCUGGCCGACGAUGGUCUAAAGGGACGAUUACGAAGAGCUUACAAGGCGGCAUAUCCAUAUUGUAACCUCGCCUUCGAAGGCUGGUUGUUGUCAUACAACAUCGCCUACCUAUUCGACAAAACACCUUUCUAUAGACCCUGGCUCGCAUGGGUUGGUGUCGAUCUGCGACGGUUGAGCAUAGGAGACUACCGCGCAGAAGCUAUUGCUGCCCAGGCAGCCACCGUCGUCCCACCCAAGAGCUUCUCCUUCACCCGUCUUGUCCGUUCCGCUCCGGGUACCCUCCUCGGCUCCCUGCGCGUUCUGCUUCCAACCGCGAUAUUCUUCAUCAAAUUCCUCGAAUGGUGGUACUCGCCCGGCUCUCCCGCCCGAGCCCUAUCCGCGCCCGACAGCGCGCCGCGUGUACCCCCACCGCGCAUGCUUCCGCCACAUCCGCGCGGGCUACGCGUCGACCCGCACGCAUAUGGCAUUUGUCCAAUCUGCAAGGACCCAUGGCGAAACGCGACGGCACUACCUAGCGGAUACGUGUUCUGUUACCGGUGCGCGUUCGAGUGGGUUGAAAGGGAAGGGAAAUGUCCUGUUACGCUUUUGCCCGCACGGACGUGGCAGCUACGCAAGGUGUUGGUAUAG